AUCAGCCCAUCAGCCGAGUUCCUCACGCGCCUGACCAGCCCCGUCUGUCAUAUGACGAGUCACGUGACUCUCCCACUUCUUUUGAGGGCAGACGAAAUUUCCGGUUUUCAAAUGGGGUUGUGUUCAGGAUGGAGACGUCAACUGUGAUGUAUACCCAACUUCAGCCAUGGAGUUCAGUCAAUGUAUCUCCUUGCAUGGAAAAAAUUUCGGGCCUUCCAGCUCCUGUGAGGGUCGGAGAGCACUACAAAACCCCGAGACCUCAUCCUUGGAGACCGACGUUGGGAUAUGAGACUGUGGAACUGUCUCCCCUUCAUUUGCAACCAAUGACGAAUAAGUUCGUGGAUCCCUGCUAUGCCCCCCAGGGGAUGGCCACGAAACCCCUGAAAUUUCCAAAUCUAGUGACUGGCUUCGAGAGAAAUCCUGGUCAUGCUGCUCGUGCAGCUCUUUUCACGAGGUACACUCCCUGCGAGUGGAGUCAAAAUCAGGUACAUCUGGGGAAUGAAGUCACCGCGAAUCGUUUCUACUCGAAUGAACUGCGGAAUUCCGCGGUGAGGAUCAUGCGGGAGGCGGAUGAGAAGGUGAGGACGGGGCAGGACGAGGCGGGAAGAAAAUUGGGGGAGAGGAUUACGGAUAUCAAUUUCUGGGAGAGAGAGCUGGCCAUGGAGCUAGAGAGGAUUAUUAUUGAGAACGGGAAAAUGCAGGAGUCCAAGAGGAUCCUGCAGAAGGGGAUUCAGGACUUGGAGGGGCCUAUUCAUAUCGCCCAGGAGUGCCUGUAUCACAGGGAAGCACGAAAAGAAAAUGAGUUGGUCCAUGACGAACCAGAACAAGCCCUCCUGAGAGAAAUCGAGAAUUGUCGUAAUUGUCUCAAGACGUUGGAGAAAUUAGCAGAUAAAACUGUGAAACAGUUGACAGAGGGAAGAGCAACUCAGAAUGAGCUGGAGCUGGACAUAAGUAAUAAAAAGACAGCUCUGGGUAUCGAUACAAUGUGCAAGCAGUUGAAUAAUUUCAGUAAUGGACUGCAGUACUAUGGAGGCAUCGAAAAAUACGUGAAUUGUGAAACAGACGCUGAGUCCUGGUCUCAAGCCUCUAACGAUACGGUAAAGAGGUCCCAAAAAUGUCGAGAAUCGUCCCAACAACUGCUGGGGGAAAUUGACACAACAACUAACACAGUUGCCCAGAAAAUCUGGGAAUCCUGGAGUUGCACCAAUAACGCUCUAUCGCGAAGGAUCACCGAGACUCUAGUGGCAAAGCAAAAAAUCCAGUGCCACUUGCAUAACAUUCAGAAAGAUCUAUUCGACAUUGAGAAGAACCUGGAGCUAUUAAAAAAGGGAAUAUCAGACAAAUCCGCAGCUCUGAAAGUCGCCCACACACGAUUGGAGGCGAGGAAUCAUCGACCAGAGUCAGAACUCUGCUGUGAUUACGCUCAUCAGAGAAUUAUCCAGGAGGCUGAGACCAUAAAAUCCCUGAUUGACGUGCUGCACUCGAAAUUACAGGAGUGUGAGGCUCAGCAUCAGCAGCUAUUGCGCACUCGGGCAAAUCUCGAGACUGACCUGAAUGCCAAGACUGAUUCGAUAUUCAUCGACCGAGAGAAGUGCAUGGGAAUGCGUCGAAGUUACCCGAUAGCAAAAACAGUGAAAUACUGACUGAUGAGCUCCAUCACCGGUAAAAACCCAAAUGAAAAAUUUCCAAUAUUGAAUGAAUUUCCGAUGAACAAGAAUUUUCUAGAAUUUUUUUUCAGAAAUUACGAAUGUUUGAUUGCACUCCUGAAAUCUCAAGUAUGACAGGAAACAAUUCAAGCCUCAAAAUAAUGAAAUAACGUUUUACUCUCCGAAUUAAACUAGAUCCAUUGAAUACAUAACAAAACUUAUUUGUAUCCAGAAUUCUCCUAACAAAUUCCUUAAUUGUAACUCUCAGAAUAUUCAAAAUAAUUUCCAUAUUUUUUUCGCAUAUAAAAACGUAAUGGACAGGUUUCAUUUGGCACGUUCUUCACAUUUCGAAUAACUCUUAAACCUAUUAUGAUAUAUUUACAUGGUUUAAAGUAUAUUAAACAGACUCUUUAGUUGAUGGUUCGGGUCCAUUUAAAUGUAUCGAUGCUCUCAAAGACUGCAUUAGCUGCCGUAUCAUUGUCGUAUUCAUCUUUGAGGUAAUAUAUUUUGGUUUUCUCCUGUGGAUGGCACUCCAGCACAUUCCACUUCUCAAACGUUUUCACAGCGUUCCUUAUAGUAUCUACACUUAAACUUUCCCCUGAAAUAAAAAAAAGCCACAUGAUAGUAUUCCUAACUUUCAUAUUCGUGAAGAAAAAAACCUUUCAGCCAUACAUUACAAAAAUAAAUAUUCCGAAACUCACCAUAAUUGACAAUACCCCUAUCAAGAUUAGUCUUAAUCUCGACAAAAAUUUCCUGCACCAAAUCCCUUUCAGUCAACGAUCGUCCCACAAUUUUCCUCAACGUAAAGGCACUGAACGUGUAAGUAUCAAUGAGUGGCCUCAACACAGUGUGAAGGAACUCCAUCCUCCCCGAGGACUCAGGUUCCAAAUUCAAUUUGUACUUGAUUUUCUUACUGGCAUAGACCACAGCAGCCUCCUCAUCAGAGCUAUCAUCGAAGGUCUUCGCAAAUCUUCUACUCCAUUGCUCCUCUUCCAGGAGGUUCUCCUCGCAAGUUCUGAUGAUUCCAGAGUGCACGAGACGCUGAAUAGCAUUGGCAAUCGUGUCUUCGAGGUCCUGACAGGGCUGAGUGAAUAUGAAUUCGUACUUGAGGAUAUCACAGAGAGCCCGUGCCUUCUCACUCAAACUAUUAUGGAAUACUGUUAAGUCGUUCUCUGCGAUGGCCCUCGGGUCAUUGAUCUCGGUUUUCAGGGUGGCGUACAGCGCUGAAACAACAAUGCUAUCCAUAACGUAGUGGCAGAUGACGCCAUUGCUGUAGUAAGCGAGCUCCACGACAUUUGGAAGAAUAGAUAUGGGAGUGAUGGCUGUCACGAAUUCUUUCCUCGUCGUCUGGUCCACCAUCUUGCGCAUCACUUCCUGACGUUGUUGCUUCACUAGUCCAGGGCCCAGUAUCGUUAAUGCGUGAUUUAUUAUGUCUAAACUUUCACCACAGAAAGCGAGAUCUUUGCCUGCUGCUUCCAACUCUUGCCUCAGGGAGUUGAAGAUGUCAACGAGCUCGUCCAUUGUGCAGCCGUCUCUGUAUUUAUUCAGGAGAAUGAAGGCCACGAGAUUUGUUGACAUUAUAGGACUGGCGUUUGCAGCAUCAUAAACAACAUGUCU